GUGCUGUCCGUCCACAUCGGUCAAGGUGGUGUACAAAUGGGCAAUGCCUGUUGGGAAUUGUAUUGCCUUGAACAUGGUAUACAACCUGAUGGGAUGCUUCCAGCAACAGCGUGUACGAGUGACGAAGGAUUUCAAACGUUUUUCAGUGAAACUGGUGGAGGAAAAUACGUUCCUAGGGCUGUUUUCCUCGAUCUUGAACCUACUGUUAUAGACGAAGUUCGUACUGGAACCUACCAUCAACUAUUUCAUCCAGAACAAUUGAUUUCCGGGAAAGAAGAUGCUGCAAACAAUUAUGCACGUGGUCAUUAUACUCUUGGAAAAGAAAUAGUAGACCUGGUAUUGGAUAGGAUACGCAAAAUCGCUGAUAUGUGUGCCGGCCUUCAAGGAUUUUUAAUCUUUCAUGCAUUUGGUGGUGGUACCGGUUCUGGAUUUACCAGCUUACUGAUGGAAAGACUUUCUAUGGAUUAUGGAAAGAAAGCUAAGCUUGAGUUUGCUAUUUACCCAUCUCCACAAAUUUCUACAGCCGUUGUCGAGCCAUAUAAUGCAAUUUUAACAACUCACACGACUUUGGAACAUUCCGAUUGUGCAUUUCUCGUCGACAACGAAGCUAUUUAUGAUAUAUGUAGGCGUAAUUUGGAUAUCGAGAGACCAACGUAUACGAAUCUGAAUCGAUUGAUCGGCCAAAUUGUAUCUUCGAUCACAGCAUCCCUUAGAUUCGAUGGUGCUCUUAACGUUGAUCUCACUGAGUUCCAAACGAACUUGGUACCUUAUCCUAGAAUACAUUUUCCUUUGGUUACCUAUGCUCCUAUAGUUUCGAUCGAAAAAGCCUAUCAUGAGCAAUUGACAGUCAUGGAACUAACUUCGGCUUGUUUCGAGCCAGCUAUGCAAAUGGUCAAAUGUGAUCCACGUAGAGGAAAAUACAUGGCUUGUUGCCUACUUUACAGGGGCGAUGUUGUUCCCAAAGAUGUGAAUGCUUCUAUUGCGACCAUCAAAACUAAACGUGCUAUACAAUUCGUCGAUUGGUGUCCCACUGGUUUUAAGGUCGGUAUUAAUUAUCAACCACCAACUGUAGUACCAGGCGGUGACCUUGCUAAAGUUCAACGUGCGAUGGCUAUGUUAGCUAAUACGACAGCUAUCGCUGAAGCUUGGACAAGAUUAAAUAGAAAAUUCGAUCUUAUGUUCGGAAAACGUGCUUUCGUUCAUUGGUACGUCGCAGAGAGUAUGGAUGAAAGUGAAUUCAACGAAGCCAGAGAGGAUCUUGCUGCCUUAGAAAAAGAUUACGAAGAAGUUGGUAUGGAUUCUACGGAAGGUGGCGAGGGUGGAGAAGAAAAUUAAAUGUUGCAUUAG